AUGGAAGACGAAGCAAAUUCUCAAUAUGAUCAGUCUUUAACCAUUGAUGCGAACAAUGCACUUUGCAGUAGCGAGAAUGCCGGAUUCUUUCAAAGGGCCAUCGCCCAAAAUCCGAAGCAAUUGUUUUCAGCUGAGCAGCCUCUGGACUUGUCUUCUCAUUCGCAUUAUCACACCGAGCAGAAUCCUCGGUAUCAGAAGGUCUCGGUGCAGAACUAUUUACUGCCUAGUGAGGACUCAGCUAGCAUAGUAACCAAUGAGCAGCAAAACUUGCCGUAUCCACUGUUGCGAAAGGCUCUUCAGCAACCAAGUAAAAUCUCUUACGCUGAAGUAUUACGUCGAAAUUAUUUAAAAACUUCGGAUGUUCAGCAGAAGCUACAAAACAUUUUGUCGACAGCUCAGCUGAGCUUAACCGGACUGGGCGAUGUAGAAACUGAGAUGCCUUCAACUAGCAAGAAUCUCCGGAAAGUCGACAUAGUUUUAGAUAAUUCUGGUUGUAGUGAAAAAAUCGGAUGCAGAGACAAGCAGCUUUUUGAUUCUUCCCCAGAUCUUCCCAAAUCAUCGCUAUUCGAACGGAGUCAUCCUCGUUUUUUGCCAGCAACCGAUCCAGAAGUAGCGCUUGAUCAAGAUCUUAUACAUAUAGUACAGGCAAUCAUGCAGGGUAUAAAGCGGCAAAAGUUCAGUACCAGUUCAUCUUCUGAAGCUGUUUCUGAACCCGGCAGAGCAACUUAUUCAUGGGACGCAGCAGAUACGAAUAUCUCUGAUCAAGAAAAUAUUCAAAAUUGGUAA